AUGGUAAACAAAACUAAUGUUUUUUCAUUGUUGUGUUAUGAUUUAGGAAUAUGCAAUAAUGUAACAAAUAUAUGUGGUCCUAAUCCAGCGUUACAUAGAUGUAACGAGGGCGAUUUUGGCGAUGGUCCAAGCAACAAGUUUGCCUGUUCUUGUCGUUCAUCUCCAACAGAUCCCGCAACUACUAAUCCUGGGCGGCCUUGCGUCCCAAGUGCGUCAACAGUAACCUCACCAGGAGGAUCGACAGCAACCUUACCAGGAGGAUCGACAAUAACAACAGCACCAUCCAAUAAAUGCCAGAACGGUGGCGUGGAUAUAGGUGGAAAUUGCGUGUGUCCUAGCGGCUUCGCUGCAUCCGCUCUCUGUAACAAUAUAAUUUGUACUGGUUCAUAUUGUAAUAUUAUACUUGGUAGUGGAUAUGAGUCUGUAUGUCAAUGUGUUCUUGGGCGAUGGGGUGAUAAUUGUGAAUGGAUAGGAGAGGAAAAUGAUGUGCUUAUAACUGCAAGAUCCAAAGAUCAUGAUUAUAAAAGAAAUCAGCAAGCUCAUCGGGAUUUUCUGGGAUUAAAGACAUGA